AUGGAGCUGCUAGUGAUCUGUCUCUCUUUGUGGAUUCUGCAGUGCCACUCAGCGCGAGCGGACUCCAUCAUACACAUCGGUGCUAUUUUCGAGCAGAAUGCCAUACGGGACGAUGAAGUGUUCCAGCUUGCCAUUUCAGACUUGAGCUUGAAUGACGACAUCCUACAGAGCGAGAGGAUCACCCAUUCCAUCAAACUCAUCGAACCUAACAAUCCUUUUCAAGCGGUGCAAGAAGCCUGUGAAUUGAUGAACCAGGGUAUUCUGGCUUUGGUAUCGUCCACUGGCUGCGCUGCUGCUAAUGCUCUGCAGUCCCUGACGGAUGCCAUGCACAUUCCCCACCUGUUUGUCCAGCGGCAGGGUGAUGGUACCCCACGCACAGAAUGUCAGCUUAACCCCAGUCCUGACGGAGAACGCUACACACUGGCCGCCCGGCCACCGGUACGCCUCAACGAUGUCAUGCUGACACUAGUCACAGAGCUACGGUGGCACAAGUUCAUUGUCUUCUAUGACAGUGAGUAUGAUAUCCGUGGUCUGAGGAGUUUUUUGGACAGGGCAUCUCGGCUUGGUUUGGACGUGUCUUUGCAGCAGGUGGACAGAAAUAUCAGCAAGGUUUUCUCAACCCUCUUCAGCACCAUGCGUACAGAGGAACUCAAUCGUUACCGGGAUACGCUCCGUCGGGCAAUCCUUCUGCUGAGUCCUCGUGCUGCCCAAGUCUUCAUCCACCAGGCAGUGGAAACUAAUCUGGCAUCCAAGGAUAGUCACUGGGUAUAUGCAAAUGAGGAGGUGAGUGACACAGAGAUUAUGGAGCUGGUCCACAGUGCUAUAGGUCGCAUGACUGUGAUCAGACAGAUCUUUCCGCUGUGGAGAGACACCAACAUCCGCUGUAUGAGGAACAACCACCGAAUCUCUUCCCUCCUCUGUGACCCACAGGAGGGUUAUCUACAGUCUCUAGAGGUGUCCAGUCUCUAUCUGUACGACAGUGUCCUGAUGUUGGCCAAUGCCUUCUACAGAAAGUUGGAGGACAGAAAGUGGCACAGUAUGGCCAGCCUUAACUGUAUGAGAAAAUCCACCAAGCCAUGGAAUGGAGGCUGGUCCAUGCUGGACACCAUACAGAAGGGACGGAUCUCAGGGCUCACUGGUUUGAUGGAUUUCCGAAAUGACGGGGCCAACUCCCAUGUGCAGUUUGAAAUCUUAGGAACAAGCUACAGUGAGACAUUUGGAAAAGAUGUCAAACGACUGGCAACGUGGGACUCCAGUCGUGGGUUGAACGGUAGUUUAAAAGAGAAUCGAGUGGAUAGUGGCAUGCUGGGAGUGACACUUAAAGUUGUAACUCUGUUGGAGGAGCCAUUUGUGAUGGUAGCUGAAAACAUUCUAGGACAACCUAAACGGUAUAAAGGUUUUUCCAUUGAUGUUCUAGAUGCUCUAGCCAAGUUAUUGGGCUUCAAGUAUGAGAUAUAUCAGGUGGCUGAUGGGAAAUAUGGUUCUCCUCUACCCAAUGGUUCUUGGAGUGGCAUGAUUGGAGAACUCAUCAGCAAGAGGGCAGACCUGGCUGUAUCUGCUAUAACCAUCACUCCAGAGCGGGAGAAUGUAGUGGAUUUCAGCAAGCGUUAUCUGGAUUACUCCAUUGGAAUCCUGAUGAGCAAAUCAAAGGAGAAGAUCAACAUUUUUUCUCUGCUGGCACCAUUUGACCUGGCAGUGUGGGCGUGUAUUGCAGCUGCCAUACCAGUGGUUGGGGUUAUGAUCUUCUUACUCCGACGCAUUCAGUGUGCACAUUCCCAGAAUCCACCUGGGCCCCAUCAGCCUGCUUCUGUCACUACAUCUCUCCAAAGUGCCAUCUGGAUUGUCUAUGGAGCCUUUGUUCAGCAAGGUGGUGAAUCCAUCAUGAGCUCCAUGGCUCUGCGGAUAGUCAUGGGAAGUUGGUGGCUCUUCACUCUCAUUGUCUGUUCUUCGUACACAGCGAACCUAGCAGCAUACCUUACUGUCUCCCGUAUGGACAAUGCUGUAAGGACUUUCCAGGACCUUGCCAAACAGACGGAUUUAACCUAUGGCACAGUCAGAGAGUCAGCAGUUUAUGAGUACUUCCGAGUAAAGGGCACCAACCCUCUGGAACAGGACAGUACCUUUGCAGAACUAUGGAGAACCAUCAAUAAGAACCAGGGCCAAGAGAACUCAGUGUCUAACCCUUCUGAAGGCAUCCAAAAGGCUAAGCAGGAUUUGUAUGCGUUUCUCUGGGACAUGGCAGUGGUGGAAUAUGCAGCACUGACAGAUGACGACUGCACGCUGACUGUAACAGGAAACAGCGUGAGCAGCAAAGGCUAUGGUCUAGCCCUUCAGCAUGGCAGCCCUUACAGAGACCUCUUCUCUCAGAAGAUUCUGGAGCUCCAGGAGAAGGGUGACUUGGACAUCUUGAAACAGAAGUGGUGGCCACGGAAAGGCCGUUGUGACCUUGACAGUCACGCUGAUCCACAGCCAGAGGGCCGGGCGCUGAGGCUGCACAGCUUCGCCGGCGUCUUCUGCAUCUUGGCCGCUGGACUGCUGUUGGCAUGCCUGGUGGCCGCCCUGGAGACCUGGUGGAGCAGCCAACGGUGCCGGCGAGCUCAGCCCAAAGAGGACAAAGAAGUGAAUCUGGAACAGGUACACCAGCGUUUAAGCAGCCUGUUGGACGAAGAUCUGGCACACAAACAGUUGCCGGGCCAGUCUCUGGAGAUUUCUGCCCUGGACAUAGGCAGUAUGCAUCCACGUCAAGGCUCCCAGGAAGCUGUGCGGGACUUCACACCAGGGGGCCUGUCUGUGACCACUUUCCUCCAGGAGGGUCCUGGGACAGGAGGCCGUGUCCCUGGCCGGAGUCUGCCCCUCCCACUCAGCAGUUCCACUCUGCCUCCCUCUAUUCGCUGCAAACACCGGGCCCCCAACGGAGGGCUGUUCCGCCAGAGCCCCGUAAAGACCCCCAUGCCUUUAGCCUACCAGUCAGUACCAGGAGGACCAAUCCCAGAAGCCAUUGAUCCCAGCCACGGGACCUCCAUCUGA